AGAUAUCCAGGCGGCUCAUCGCUACGGGAUGAUGUCGUUCACCACGCAGCUCCUGAAGCAGCGAAAUGAGGAUUAGUGAACAGGCCUCGGAGUCGGUUAAUUACCUGAUCCAGUUCAAUCAGCGCGUCUUGCAAGCACCGGUAGGCCACUAACGUGGAGGUGGCUGGUUCUCUUAGUACGACAGAGAGCCUCGGGCCGCUCAGAGCAGCCAUAACGGGUUACAGGAGUGGGUGUCCAACACUGCGGGGAUUACGGCAAUAGAAAAGACAACGAAAGCAAUAGGAGUGUCGUGCCAUCGCGACAUUCGACCUCAUCACCAGGCCUUUUGCGUCCUUUUGCAUCCUUUUGCAUCAUUUCUUCUCAAAAUGGGGCAAUCCAAGAUCAAAACAUACCUGGACUGUGUAUCCCCGUACUCGUGGUUUGCGUUGGUAUACCUCCGGGAGAAUCGUAGUGCACUUAAAGCCCAUGGCGUUGAUGUUGAAUUUGUUCCAGUAUUCCUGGGCGGCAUCAAUGUAGGAAGCGGUAACAAACCACCAUGGACGCUUCCAGCGAAGAAGAACUAUGGGCCGUACGAUAGCGAUCGGGCACAGAAAUACUUCGGUGUGAAGUUAAUAACGCCCGAGUUCUUUCCCAUCCUGUCAUUGCUGCCUCAACGGUGCAUGGUUUAUGUGAAGGACAAGUACUCGCAAGACAAGUUUGAAGAUGCUUUCAACGAGCUCUGGGUGUCAAUGUGGCAGCAGAGCAAGGAUCUGAGUAAACCAGAUGUGAUGGCAGAAUCACUUUCCCGCCAUUUUUCAGAAGAAGACGUCCGAAAGAUAAUGGCGGCAGCGAAUACCCCAGAGUAUAAACAGAAGCUUAAUGACAACACGAAGGAAGCUCUCGAUUGUGGCGCAUUUGGGUGUCCAUGGUCGAUGGUCACCAAUGACAAAGGGGUAACCGAGCCUUUCUUUGGCAGUGAUCGAUUCCACUUCAUGUGGGAGUACCUUGGGAUUCCACAUCAGAAUGUUAGAAUUGAAGAAAGGGGAAACGGUCAAGAGAAGACGAAAUUGUAGUGUAACGUCAAGAACAAUUAGCUCUUCUGGCAAAGAUCCAACUUGUGAUACUG